AAAUACACUUUCUUCUUCUUCUUCUUCUUCUUCUUCUUCUUCUUCUUCUUCUGUGGAACCAUCAUGGCUGAUUUUCGGAGCAGAAGGCAAAAUUUUGGAUCUGUGAUUGCUGCGAUUCUUCUGAUCUUCAUCCAUGGUGCUCACUCUUUCUAUCUCCCAUGUAUCGCUUCUCAGGAAUUGGAAAAAGGAUGUGUAUAUUUUUCGCCUUCUUCUCGAAUUCGUAAAUCUCCUGAUCUCUACAAUCUGAAUGUAAACCCGGAUUCUAACGACACCAUCAUUUCAAUGCUCGAGAACACUGAUGUUCAAAUUCACUGGCGCAACAAAGGUAUGUUAUCGAUCAGCUUGAUCAAGAGAAAGGAUGAUGAUGGUAUCGAAGUGCGUGCACUAUACAAGGUGGAUGUGGCAAGAUCAGAGAAUUCCACAGAUGGAAUACUCAUCACUCUCCCUGCUACUGGCCAAGGCGUAGAGAUUAAUGCCUCAUACGACACGUACGAGCGAAUCCCUGGUGACUCCGGCUAAAGACGACACCCUAAAGAUGAUCUUUUUUUUUUUUAUAGCAG